GGUUAGUAUCGUUUUAAAAUGUAGUCAUAUCCUAUAAAUUAAACUGCUUGAAAUAUACGAAUUCAUUCGCUGACACUCUUCAAAGCUUGCACACCUUAGAGAAAUUGCAUACAACUCAAUCUUUAUGAUAAUUAAUAAUUGAAAAAUUGAUAUUUUCUGAAUAAGCGCGAUACUACUGAGGUUGGAUUUUCGUCGCCUUUUACUGCAUUGACGAAUGAACUUUGUUGCCAUCUUGCAUUUUUUCACUUUAAUUGAAAAUUUCGAAAAGGAAAAUUGGCUUUCUUUACUGAACUACACACUCAUACAAACACAACUGAUCUCGCAAUAGUAUUGCUAUAAAGAAAAAAAAAACCUGAGAAACAUGCAGUUUGUUAAAAUCGCAAUAUUUUUGGUAACUUUUCUCCAAAUUUGGACAUCUAUUCGCGGUCAAUGCGAAGGUAGCAGCAAUGCAGUCAACGUUUCAUAUCCAGAAGGCACAUACUAUGUCUUUGAAGGCGAUGAUAUCAAUGUUACCGUAUCGGUCGAAGCUGUCACCACCCAAGGUAUCAUCACCUUCCAGACCGAAAACCAAGCCAACUUCGAAUUGGUGGUCGAUGAAUCCUUUCCAGUGACCCCAGAUGACGUCUUACCGAAGAACCUGACGGUGAUGAUCCAUGCAAGGUUGAUCUCCAUUAGCGAACUUCAGGUCAGGUUCAAGGCCGAUGCCUCUGAGGAUGUCCUCAAGGUUGGCUCACAGACCAUUGCGGUCAAGAGGAUUCCAUCUAUCCUGCAGACUAUCUACAUCUACACCUUGAUGGUUUGGAUUGUCCUGAGCUACCUAUCGAUGGGUGGUACCAUGGACCUGCAGGUUAUCUGGGCGAGAGUCAGGAGGCCAUGGGGUGUGAUCAUUGGUAUCUUCUGUCAGUUCAUCAUCAUGCCAGUCAUGACCUACUACAUCGCCAAGGUGGCCGUAGCGGACGAUCCGCCUACGGCUCUCGGGAUCAUCAUCGUCGGCACCUGCCCCGGUGGUUGGCUCAGCAACGUGUUCAGCGUCCUCCUCGACGUCGACUUCGUCCUCAGCUUGACGAUGACCUUCUUCUCUUCUAUCAUUGCCAUGGGGAUGAUGCCUCUUAAUCUUUUCAUAUAUGCUACACCCUACGCGGAAGACAAUGCUCGAUUGGAAACACCGUUUGGUGAGAUGGCCCAGCAGUUGGCUCUCCUUGUUGUACCGUGUUUCAUUGGUAUUGGAGUCUCCUAUAGAUACCCCAAGUUCCGAACGUUUUGCAGUAAAGUGAUGAAGCCUAUCGGUACACUCCUAAUCGUUCUCGGUGUUUCUCUGGCUGUUCCGGCUGAUCUAUAUGCAUUCACUACGUCAUCUGUCAAGAUUUGGGUGGUAUCCAUCAUCACACCAGCUUUUGGGGCCUUCUUCGGCCUAUCCUUUGCCCGUAUCUUCGCUCGUGAUAUCCGUACAUCAAUCACUAUUGCCUUGGAGACGGGUAUUCAGAACGCUCUUCUCGGCCGUACCAUCAUCGGACUCUUCUAUCCCCAGCCCGAGGCCGACCUCAUCGCCCGUGUCAUGCUCGUCAACGUGGUCGUCACCCUCAUCGAAGGCGUCGUCGCCUCCGUCGUCUACUCAACCGUGCGUUAUCUCCUGUGUAGAUCGAGGUGCGAUGAUAUACUGGGAGGAAGAGAGACUGAAGAUGGUGAUGAGGAGAAGAUAAUCAACGAUGGGGAGUCUAUUAAACCAUCGGCUGUUUUUACUGUUAAUGGUAGUAUGAAAGAAACAAGAGAUACACAAGCAGGGGACGGUGGCCUGGAUAACCCGUGUGUUGACCUAACAGUACUUUAAAAUCAUAAUUUGAUAUCAUGAUCAUGAACUUGGACUGUGAUAAAUCCCUGAGGGUUUCAUCACAGAGGGCGCUGUAGCAUAAAUUGUGUUUGUCUGAAUGGAUUGCAGCCGCGCGAUGAUGAGCUAAAAUACAUGUAUGUGAUAUAGUAAUCCUUGUCUGUUGAAUUGGUCACAUUUUUUUGCGUGGCGGAUCAAGGAUUUCGAAAUAGAAGGGCGCAAAAAACAAAUGUGCAGACGACAAUAUUUCUAGAUUUAGCUUUGCCAAUGUGUAUGUUCAAUGGGUGACUCUCAAAAUAUGGAGAGGUUGCAAGAGACGCGCGCCCUCACCUGGAUACACCAUCGUGUCAGAUAUGUCGCUAUCAGAAUGACAUUAUGUAGAGGUGCCGUGGCCGAGUGGUCUAAGGUAAUGUCGCCUGGUUAUACAUACCUAUGCCCGUGAGCAAAGCAUUUAAUGUACAAUGCUCUUUUAUCCUGCUUUCAAAUAAAUGGAAAUGCUAUAUGCAUUAUUGGUAACUUGGUUUGCACUUGUUAAAAAAAUAAUAAUAAUAUGUCACUGCUUCGAAAUUUAGAAAUAUAGGCCUAACUAAUAUCACUCAUGUGGAAGGGCGGCGCUACACGGACAAGGAGGACUGUCCUUAAUUGUUUUAUUUUUAUUUAUUUUUUUUAAUGACGAAAGGGAAGGAGCACAAAGGGAUGAAAGUAGAGUAUCAAAAAGAGGGGUCUUGAUCAUGUAAUUACUGGAAUACUCCUUUGUUAUUCAAUCGAGAAAAAUGAUGUAGCCUUUUCUCAUCUCCCCCCAUCAAAAUACUCCGAGACCCCCCCCCCCCCCCCCGUUCAUCCGUUGUAGCAUUUGCAUUUCGAAAGGUUUUAGAAUAAUCAUGAUUAUUCAAUGAAUCGAGUAUCUGAGAUUUUUCAAAAUGCAUAAACUAUAUGAAUGCCGAAUCGCAUGCAAAGCCGAUAAUAUCCAGACGUAUUUUCGAUCUACAAUGUUUUUUUUAAAUAUAUAUACGACGAGCUUUGCAUAUUAAUCGGGAAUAAUUAAUGCUCAUUUAAAAAAUGAUCAACUUGUGACGAUGGUGGUUUUUAUAGUAUGCAUGUCGUAUAUCUUUGUUUGUAGUUAUCGAAUAAUACUGGUGUAUAAAUCCGAAUCAUGUCUAUUAUAGAGUGAUUUACUUAACAUGAUAACACACAUUAAAAAUAUGUUGCUGAUACUAGUUUUUUCUCUGUUAGCAAACUAGUCAAGUGAAAUAUUGAAAGCUUGACUUGGAACCUUGUUUGAAAAAAAUGAUUUUUGUUUCCGAUUUGAUUUUAUGAGCCUAUAUCACAAACUCAUAUGCUAUAUGGUCUGGACACUAUUGUAGGGCUACGUUCAAGCAAAUAAGGAAAUAAAUGUUAGAUGUGUGUUUAGUGUUAGAUUUUGUGCCUCAUCUUAUCGUAAGAAUUAUUACUCGGACCAUACUGAUUUCAAAAGUUAAAACAAAUAAAAAGUUAAAGUAACGCACCAUAAACAGAACAUUUAUUUACAAACUGAAUUCAAGGACCCAAAUUAGCAGGGUGGUAUGAGAUUGAGAGAAGAUGACAUAAGAUGGAAAUAGAUUAGAGAGGGAAGAAAGAAUGAUGUAGGAAGACUAAGG